AUGAAGAAGACGAGUCCCACCCCAGUGAAGGGCAGCCGGUCUAGCCAACCAUUAAGCCAGCAAACAAUAUCCAGUUUCUUCACGAAGAAGACCGUCAACGGCGUCGCCCAGAAACCGCCACCAACGAGUCAAGAUUCAAAUCACCGCGCCGAUGCCACCGAUGCCACCGAUGCUGAUAGUGACGAAGAUGCCCGAACACCUCUGAAGUCUAGACCAAAUGGAGUGGGGAAGAGAGUUUUAGCAGAAGACGAGAGUGACCAGGAUUCUGCAGAGAGGCCCGCAAAGCGAUCAAAAGGUGACAGUGAUGAUGGGGCAAGUACAUUAUUUUCGAACUCGACACGGCCCAAAUCAACCUCUACGACCUCCGAGAAGUCGAAGGCAUCCUCGCGGACAGAACGAUUUGUAUACACCUCGUCCGGCAAUACUGUACCUAGUCAGGUAGCAGCGGAGGAAGACCAGGAAGAGGCUGAGGCCAAAGCCAGGAGAGAGCAUUUGCACAAAAAGUUCGUCAAGAAAUUAGGGCAUCCGGAUAGCAUUGCGCAGAUAAAACGGAGAAAUUGGCAGAUUGUUGAAGACACUGCAGCAUUGGACGAAGAUGGAGAGGGCGACGAUGGGGAAGACGAAACACCACCUCCAGCGAAGACCAAGAAGAAAGGGGCCAAGACGGGAAAGUUGACUCCUUUGGAGCUACAGAUUUUGGAUAUCAAGAGGAAGCAUAUGGAUACACUCUUGAUUGUCGAGGUGGGAUAUAAGUUUAAAUUCUUCGGCGAGGAUGCCAGAACUGCUGCCAAAGAGCUGAGCAUAGUAUGUAUCCCUGGGAAAUUCAGAUAUGAUGAACAUCCCUCAGAAGCACACCUCGACCGCUUUGCUUCUGCAAGCAUUCCGGUUCAUCGACUACCCGUACACGCGAAAAGGCUUGUUGCGGCUGGACAUAAGAUUGGAGUAGUCAGGCAAAUCGAAACUGCAGCACUGAAGAAGGCCGGAGAUAAUAGGAAUACACCAUUUAUUCGAAAACUCACCAAUGUUUACACCAAAGGCACAUAUAUCGAUGAUAUCGAGGGUCUCGAUCAACCUACAGAUGCGCCAUCGGGUGGGGCUCCAGCAACUGGAUAUCUCCUGUGCAUCACGGAGUCCAAGUCCAAAGGCUGGGGAACGGAUGAGAAGGUCGAUAUCGGAAUUCUGGCUGUUCAGCCAGCAACCGGUGAUAUCAUAUACGAUACCUUUGAAGACGGGUUUAUGCGAAAUGAAAUCGAAACCCGGUUGCUACACAUCGCACCGUGUGAGCUUUUAAUUGUAGGAGAACUUACCAAAGCCACGGAUAAGCUUGUACAGCACCUUUCAGGGAGCUCCACGAAUGUCUUCGGAGACCGGAUUCGCGUGGAGAGGGUCGAGAAGGGAAAGACGCUGGCUGCUGAGGCGUACUCACAUGUUGCACAAUUCUAUGCCGACAAGUUGAAGACCAACGAAGACACCAAUAAUGAGAGACAACAUAAUCUUUUGGAUAAAGUCCUGAAGCUUUCUGAGCCCGUCACCAUUUGCUUAUCUUCUAUGAUCACUCACCUGACCGAGUAUGGGCUCGAGCAUGUGUUUGAUCUGACAAAGUAUUUCCAGUCGUUCAGUGCCCGAUCCCAUAUGCUGCUGAAUGGAAAUACUUUGACGAGUCUCGAAAUCUAUCACAAUCAGACUGAUCAGUCCGAGAAGGGAAGCUUAUUCUGGACUCUAGAUAAGACUCACACUCGGUUCGGGCAGAGGUUGCUACGGAAGUGGGUUGGGAGACCUCUUCUUGACAAGGAACGCCUGGAGGAGAGAGUGGCAGCCGUCGAAGAAUUACUGGAAGGCAAUCAGACGCCUAAGGUAGACAAGUUACACACUCUCCUCCGCGGCAUCAAGUCCGACCUCGAGCGAAGUCUGAUCCGAAUAUACUACGGCAAGUGCACACGACCCGAGCUCUUGACCGUCCUUCAAACCAUGCAGAGGAUAGCAACUGAAUAUGCGCACGUCAAGACCCCUUCGGACGCUGGCUUUACCUCACCCCUGAUUAACGAAGCCAUAGCAUCGCUUCCCACCAUCGGCGAAGCCGUGAUCUCCUUCCUCGACAAGAUAAACGCUGAAGCUGCUCGCGCGGACGACAAAUAUGCUUUCUUCCGCGAAGACGAAGAGAGCGACUCCAUAACAGAGCACAAGCUGGGCAUCGCUUCCGUAGAGCAUGACCUGGACUCGCACCGCUCUGAUGCGGCGUCAAAGUUGGGGAAGAAAGCCCCUGUGACGUACAUCACUGUCUCCGGAAUCGAGUACUUGAUCGAAGUGCCAAAUACCGACCUGAAGCGCGUCCCGGCAUCAUGGACCAAGAUCUCGGGCACCAAGAAGGCAUCACGAUUCCAUACCCCAGACGUGAUCCGCAUGUUGCGCGAGAGGGAUCAGCAUAAAGAAUCCCUCAGCGCCGCCUGCGACGUGGCUUUCACCUCCCUCCUCGCCCAGAUCUCCGCCCACUACGCCUCGUUCCGCGACGCCAUCUCCGCCCUCGCGACCCUCGACUGCCUCCUCUCCCUCAGCACCGUUGCCUCCCUCCCGGGCUACUGCAAGCCCACCUUCUCCGCCUCCCCCAGCGCCCACAUCGACAUCGUCGACGGCCGCCACCCUAUGGUCGAGACGCUCCUCAGCAGCGGCUACAUCCCAAAUUCCACCUCGCUCUCGACCCGCCCCGGCAGCACGCGUGCUCAGCUCAUCACGGGGCCCAACAUGGGCGGCAAAUCCUCCUACGUCCGCCAAGUCGCACUCAUCUGCAUCCUCGCGCAGAUCGGCUCAUACGUGCCCGCCGCCUCCGCGCGCCUCGGCCUCCUCGACGGCGUUUACACCCGCAUGGGUGCCCACGACUCCCUCUUCACCAACCAGUCCACCUUCGCCGUCGAGCUGUCCGAGACGGCCCACAUCCUCAAGAGCGCUAGUCCCCGCUCGCUCGUCAUCCUCGACGAGCUCGGCCGCGGCACCUCCACCCACGACGGCGUCGCCAUCGCCCAGUCCGUCCUCGAGUAUAUCGUCCGCGACGUCCGCUGUCUGUGCUUGUUCAUCACGCAUUAUCAGAGCUUGGCGAAUGUGGCGAGGAGUUUUGGGCCUGAGGCUGGCGCUGCCAAGGCGGAAGAGGGGGAUGGAGAUGGCAAGGCGGCGUUGGAGAAUGUGCAUAUGCGCUUCUCUGCCCAGGAAGGGAAAGAGGAGGGCGAGGAGGAGAUCACUUUUUUAUAUGAGGUUGGCUCAGGCGUAGCACACCGCAGCUACGGCUUAAACGUGGCUCGUCUGGCCCGAGUCCCCAAGCCUGUCCUUGAAACCGCGGCACUGAAAUCACGAGAGAUGGAGAUGGAUGUCCAGUCCAAGAAAUUAGUUGGACUGAGUAAGUUCAUCGCGAAUGUAUUAUCUAAUGACGGUGGAUCUUCCGAUGAGCUACUUGAGCAGCUUGUUGUCGGGAUCGAGCAGUUAUAGCUAGUUCUACUACACAAAGGAAAUAAUAACAUGUUGAGGCCUAAGCAGAUAGCGAUGCAAGUAUACCCGUU